UGUUUCUUCCUCUUUGGUUAGAAAACAGAGAGAGAUAAAACAAAACAAAGGGUUGGCUUAUCUCUCUCUCUAAAAUCUAUCAAUGAAACCCUUUGUUUUCUAACACACACCUCUACUCCUUCUUUGACUUCUCCCUUCCCCUCCCUUCCUCUCUAUACACACAGGGAAGAAGAAGCAAGAGAAGAAGAGGCUUGGAAAAAGGAGUUUUUAGAGAGAGAAUCAAGAGAGUGGUGAUAUAUUAUUAUUAUCGUCAUCAUGGAGUCAACAACACCACAAGCAGUGGCAGCCAUUAAUGAGAAGGAGUCAAUGAUGGAUCCUUUCUUAGUUGAGGCUCUACAGAACCCACGUCACCGUCUCACCAUUUUGCGGAUGGAACUUGAUAUCCAGAGGUUUUUGCAAAACCCUGACCAACAAGUAUUUGAAUUCCCGCAUUUCCCUACCUCCUAUCUUAGGCUUGCAGCACAUCGCGUUGCUCAACACUAUGGGCUGAUAACCAUGGUACAGGAUAAUGGCAUUGAUGGUCUGUUAAAUAAGAUUCUGGUGCAAAAAACAGCUGAAUGCAGAUAUCCCGCGGUUCGCCUAUCUGAAAUUCCUGCUAAACAGUCGGGAAGUGAUACACCUGAGAUGAUUAAGCUUGCAAUUAGACCUCGGCCUAACAAAGGGUCCAUAAAUGACCCUAACGGGUUCGGGAUCAAACGGAGUCCUGUGAGAAGUGUGGAAGAGAGGAAGGAGGAGUAUGAUAGGGCACGAGCUCGCAUCUUCAGUAGCCCUAGCAGCCCCACUGCAGAUGAUACUGUGCCCCAGCUCCCUACAGAUAGCAAAAAUUUAAGUUCAAGCAAGGAUGAGAAUGAAGAGUGCAGGAUCUCUGUAGUUGAUCCAGAAAAAAAUGUCUUCGUAAGGGAUGGUAUGUCAUCUCGGGUUGCCAUUUUCAGAGAUAGGGAGAAGGAUCGCACUGAUCCAGAUUAUGAUCGGAGUUAUGAAAGGUAUGUUAGGAGCCUUCCAGCUAAUCAGAGCUUUAGCUUGACACCAUUCAAUAUGCAGAAGAUUCCAAUUCCUUAUAUGCAGUAUGAUCCCAGUUUUCCUCAGCUGGGUCAGAUGCCAAGGACACAAGCCUCCCUUGGCUACCACCCCGCUGCAAACCCAGCUAUGAGCCCCUUCUGUGCAAUGGGAUCAAAUCAGACUUCAAGGGAUGCUGCAUAUGUUCAAUGGCCAAGCACUGCAAUGAUGUAUGCACAUUCAUACGAUCAAUUUAGACAUGCUACUUUCCAGGCUCCAUUCUGUCAGCAACCUCUUAGCUUUGAUUACUCUCAAAACCAUUAAUGUCACAGCCAGGUGGGAAUUGCUGUGUUACUGAUUUACAUGCAGAUUUCUCUAUACUAGGAAACUCCCUGCUGUUAGGAUUGUUCAAAGACUUCGUUAUAAACCUCUUUUAAUUCCAGCUCUAGGUGGUCUCUGCUUAUAUUUGUGAAUCUUAUAAAAAUUAGUAAGGAGUGUGUGUAAUGAUGAGACUAUUUUAUUUGCUCA